AUUGUCAACUAUCAAGUCUUGAAUGUCAAACGAACAAUAAAUAUUAAAGUAAAGACAAUUUGAAAUAUUCGAAAGAAAUGGAAGAAGUACAAUGGCCAUGGCAGUAUUCUUUCCCUCCUUUUUUUACAUUACAACCUCAUUUAGAGACACGAAUGAGACAAAUAGAAGCUUGGCGAUUGUUGAUUUUGGAUUAUUGUAAAUUAAAGAAACAAUGUAUUUUGGAUGUAAGAGAAGCAACAAGGUCAACCUUAUUUCACAAUAAAACAAUUGAUCGUAAACUAGAUUCUGAAGUAAUCGUAAAAAUUUUGUCAGAAUUGGAAAAAACUGGGCAUGCAGCACCAUGUGAUAAAAAACGUCUAAGAUGGGAAAUAUAUUGGCAUACGUUACCUGAAUUUGCAAAUUUUCUAUACAAAUGGGCAAAUGAUAACGGCAUGUUAAAUACUGUUUGUACAAUGUACGAACUAACUAAUGGUGAAAAUACAAUAGAUGAAGAAUUUUAUGGAUUAGAUAAAGAAGUAUUAAUUAAAGCAUUAAGAAUAUUGGAACAUGAAAAAAAAUGUGAAAUCAUUAUGUUUGAAGAUAAUGAGGGAGUUAAAUUUUUCUGAUAAUACAAUUUAUUUAUAAAUAAUUCAUUA